CGGAGCUGCUGCCGCUCGCUUUCCCGGCAGGCCCUGCUGGUGCCCUGCCAUCCCCCAGCAGUCGCCGCGAUGGCAGGAGGACGGGAGAGAGUCGCUCACUUGCUGAGGCAGCUGCAGCGCGCAGCAUGCCAGUGUCCCACUCAUUCCCACACUUACUCUCAAGCUCCUGAACAUGCUGCUUUGAGGAGAACAGACUAUGCUUUUGAGAUGGCUGUGUCAAAUAUCAGAUAUGGAGAAGGUGUUACUAGAGAAGUAGGCAUGGACCUGCAGAAUCUGGGUGCUAGAAAAGUUUGUGUGAUGACAGAUAAGAACCUCUGCCAGCUCCCUCCAGUAAAAGCAGUAUUGAAUUCCUUGACAAAAAAUAGAAUCACUUUUCAAAUGUAUGAUGAUGUCCGGGUGGAGCCAACGGAUCAGAGUUUCAUGGAUGCCAUCACAUUUGCUAAAAAGGGGGAGUUUGAUGCCUAUGUUGCUGUGGGCGGUGGUUCUGUAAUAGACACUUGUAAAGCUGCCAACCUGUAUUCAUCCAGUCCUGAAUCAGAUUUCUUAGAUUACGUCAAUGCUCCCAUUGGAAAAGGAAAGUCUGUUACUGUGCCUCUCAAGCCAUUCAUUGCAGUUCCCACGACAGCUGGAACUGGAAGUGAAACCACUGGCAUUGCCAUUUUUGAUUACAAAGAACUAAAAGUAAAAACUGGCAUUGCUUCUAGAGCCAUUAAGCCCACAUUGGGUAUGAUUGAUCCUUUGCAUACAAUCCAUAUGCCAGAGCGAGUAGUGGCCAACAGUGGCUUUGAUGUGCUUUGCCACGCACUAGAAGCGUACACUGCUCUUCCUUACAAGAUGCGCAGUCCCUGCCCUUCAAAUCCAAUCAACCGGCCUGCUUACCAAGGCAGCAACCCUAUCAGUGAUGUCUGGGCUGUCCACGCACUGCACCUUGUGGCAAAGUAUUUGAAAAGAGCUGUCAGAAUGCCAGAUGAUCAUGAAGCAAGGGCUAACAUGCACCUAGCAAGUGCUUUUGCUGGCAUCGGCUUUGGCAAUGCUGGUGUUCAUCUUUGCCAUGGAAUGUCUUACCCUAUUUCUGGUUUGGUGAAGAGUUACAAAGCAAAGGAUUAUAAUGUCGAUCAUCCUCUGGUGCCACAUGGUCUUUCUGUGGUACUCACCUCCCCCGCAGUAUUUACUUUCACAGCAGAGAUGUGCCCCGAACGGCACUUGGAGGCUGCAGAGAUACUAGGAGCUGACAUCCGCACUGCCAAAAUCAAAGAUGCUGGGCUUAUUUUGGCAGACACGCUCCGGAAAUUCUUAUUUGAUCUGAAUGUUGAUGAUGGCUUAGCUGCAAUUGGUUAUUCUAAAGCCGAUAUCCCUGCUUUAGUGAAAGGCACUCUCCCUCAGGAAAGAGUGACUAAACUAUCACCUCGUCCCCAGACCGAAGAAGAGCUAUCUGCCCUGUUUGAGGCAUCCAUGAAACUUUAUUAGUUUAAAUAUAUUGCAUGUUCUUUAAUAAUAAAAACUAACAUGGAGGUAAUUUUCCACAGACAUGGUCUAAACCAGUUCAGAUAAUGAAGGAACAUGGAACUCUGAUGCUUGUAUUUUACAAUCCACUGCCAAAAGGUCAGGUAAUUCAUGUUCAGUUCAACACUGUUUUUGUGAUUUAGGGGUUGAUUGUGUAAUCAAAGGGACUACUCAUGUAAAGGUUGUUGGCUCAGAUCUUAAGCUUUGCAGAGGACUUUCUCUUGCUUGAGAGCUGGACAAAAAAUGGAGAUAAUUUGUCCUGGAAAUUUUUUUUAAAUGUUCAGGGGGUGAAUUUUAUCUUGUAUUAUAAUUUUCUAUGACUAUUUUUGUCUUUAAAAAAAACCCAAAACUAUAAACUGUGUAGGAAAAACAGGCCACUCCUCCUCAGGCAAUAUUCUCAAACACAAAAUUUGAACCUGCUCAAUUCAGAAGGUUCACCUUAUGAUUUUUCUACUGUCUCAUUCAAUUUGGGGCCUGAUACAAAGAUGGUUAACAUCAUGGGUAAAACAAAUAUGUAACUUAUUAACAAGUCUGGAAAAGGCUUCACAAAACUUUUGUUUCACAGUAUUUAUUUUUAAAGUGGCUUGCUAGGCAUUUUUGUCUUUUCAUUCAGAAGUUAUGCGUGGGAAUAAGUUUGCUUGUUCCGACAGACUAACUGAUUACCUGUCAACUGAAAAAGCAAACUGGCAGAAGGGGGAUAAAAUUCAAAUGUAAGUAUUAAAAUCUUUUAAAACUUUCCUGGAUUUUUCACCCUCUGUUGAGCCCCUUUGGGGUAGUGAGAUUUGCUGCCUGCAUAGCGUAGCAUAGUAUUUGCUGCCUCACACAGCAGUAUUAUACAGAGAAUAUUGGAAAACGGGAAAAUUUAUUUUGAAGAGAUUUUUAAAGUUAUUUCUGUUUUGUGGAGUUUUAAAUGAACCCAUUUACUGGUUUUGACAAAAACUCUGUGACUUUUAGUAUUGCUAUUUUAAUCAAUAUUUUAUCAAACUUUUUACCAAUUUUUUAUUUAUUGAAAGCCAUGUUGUCUUACUGAAAACUGGGUUUUCUGUAAAAGAAAAAUAUCAAUAAUUUUGAAAACAAUUUUGAUAAAAAUAGCAAUUAAAAAUGUUGCAGAAAGUUUUUUUUCACACAAAAUAGAAAAUUUUGAUAAUGUUGACAAAUUUGUCAGAAAGUUUUCCAAAAAAGAUCAGUUUUCAAAAAUUUCUUAAGCAAAAAAUAUCAACCAUUAUAAGAUGUUUUCUCUGUACUAGACAGGGCUUUAAUGUCAGUCAUAGUCCCAGUUUGCUUCAGCAAAUUCUGGAAGUUGGCACAUGUCUAUAUCACAGAAGAGAGAGAAGGGUUUUUUUUAAUUGAAAAUUAUUUCUAUUAGGCACAGAUUUCAUUGGCAUUGUACUGCAACACCGGCAGCAGUAUAUACAAUACUCAGACUGUAUUAAUGUAAAACAAAUUCUGAUGUCUUUUAAAUUCUGUUCAGGCACCAAUUUCAUGCAGUUGCCAUAGCACAAGCUUGGUGUAGGAAAAGCAUAACAUGCUAGUUAGUUCCUUUACUCAGUUACUUUUACUCUUUGCCUCAUUAUGGUUCUGUUCUGCAGCCACCCCACAUGCAGCUCUUCCACUGAAGUAGAGGAAGGAUGUCUUGUACAUUUAUGACUAUUAAUCUUGGCUCAAUAAGACUGGUGCCUUCCAACCACAUGUUAGGACCUUAUGAUGUAAAUAUAUUGGAUGUGUGGUUUUUAGGUCCCUUUAGUGCUCGGUACAAGGUUGGAUGGAUAGCGAUGGAGACUGAAGGUCCUCUGUCUAUCCACUGAAUGGGUAAAGCAUGGACAGUGGUUAUACAGACAGCUCUGCCAAUAUCCCUCAGCCUAUUCUGAGAAGCUAAUUCAUUUUCCCUGUCACUCCAUAUCCAUUACCUCCUUGCUCAUUCUAGUGAAAAUGCCAACAAAAGCCUCAAUUGUGAAAGCUGGUUUCACAAUGUGUGGAUUUUAUUUUCUAUAUUACAGUGUUAUCUCAACAAAGACUCACCCUGCACUUUACCUUUUUGUUGCAUCUUUUAUAUAUAAUUUCUGUUCUCCCUCUCUGUGAAGUUUCAUCUUUGUGCAAUAGAAAUGGUACAGUGCACUGAGGAGACAAUUUUUGUGGAAUCUAUCUUCUAGCCAGACAUUUUGGAAUUGGAGGGGAUGUAGCUUCUUCCAAUUGAACAGCGGAUGAGUUUGUUAGGUAUGUUAUUUCUCCUGAGUGUUUUGAUGGGUAAGAAGGGAAAGUGGGUCUUUCAUUCUAUCAUGGUUCUUAUUUACCAUUUAUAUUGGUAUGUGAGUAAUUAGUAGAAUGGCUUCACUACUAAUAGUACUUUACACUUACAUAUAACCCCUUUAAUUGAAGGAACUCAAAGCAAUUUACUAACAUUCGUGAAUUAAGCCUCACAACACCCUGUGAGGUAAGCUAGUAUUAUUACCCCUAUUGUAUAGAUGAGGAGACUGAGGAACGGAGCAAUUAAGUGACUUGUCUAAGGUCACACAGGAAGCUUGUGGCAGAGUCAGAAAUAGAACCCAAGUCUCCUGACACCUAGUCUUACGCAUAUCCAUAAGACCAUCCUUCUACUACUAAUUAUUAGCCAGUGCUGAAAACUGUGAGAAGAAUCAAGAGAUGAAUCCAUCCCAUUCAAAUAAUAACAGUUUGACAGUGCUCGUGGUGUUAAAUCCAGAACAG